AUGCCAAUGCUCCACAAUAAGAGAAACGGGGGACUGCCACUCUUUAAUUCAGAACUACUGGUAUCUGCUGUGGAAAACGGCCAAACAGCUACAAUUGAACGCCUGCUCGACAACGGCGCCUCUACAGAGGGGGUCAAUGAAUCUGGCCAGACUCCAUUGUCUCAAGCCUCCAAACGAGGAGAUGAGGCUCUUUUGCGAUUAUUGCUUGAUAAAGGUGCUGACACCGAGGCGGCUGAUAUUGUUGGCCAAGUACCGUUGGCACAUGCCUGCACCAGAGGGCAGGAGGCUAUUGUGCGAAUAUUGCUUGAUAAAGGAGCCGCUAUCAACGCGACCGAUAAUCUUGGCGAAGCCCCGUUGUCAUACGCCUCUAGAUACGGGUAUGAGGCUGUUGUGCGAGUAUUGCUUGAUAACGGCGCUGCCAUCGAGAUAGUUGAUCAGCUGUGCGGAAAGCCGUUAUCAUAUGCUUCUGAACGACGGCAUAAGGCUAUUUUGCGGAUGUUACUUGGCAACGGCGCCCAGCGCCCGGCCACGAGAGGAUGGACUAGGUAA